AUGGUGUUCCCUGGCAUCUCCAAGUUGAUCCGGUCGCAGUGGCAGUACCUGACCGAUGCGUUCAACGCAGAGGACCACGAGCGCCGCGUGCAGCAGCGGCUGAGCAACAAGUUGGCGAAACAACAGCACAAAUUAGCGCGCAGAGCUGCUCGGAAGAACCGGCGGGCGCAACGCAAACAGCGGCAGACGCUGCUCUCCCCGACCGUCGUGGCCGAGCCAACGUACGACGACGAGCGACCAGAAAGAAUAAGCAUCAGCUCUGACGGCAAGCAACAAGAAGUACAAACUGUCUCACGUGAUGGGGUCUGGGCACGUACUGCUGGAGCAGCUACACAUGUUGCCAUCGCACAUGGCGUUGCGGGUGAUUGCAAGAGUAAGCCAAGUGGACGGCAAUGGAACGCCCCACAGGGGGAAGCAAGUCCAAAACGUGUCGACCCAGAGGCCGAGAUAGCAGAAGUGUGUGCAUCGUCAGUCGUGCAAGGGACCAGUGAUGCAUCGCAGGACUUGUUGGAGGUCGCCCUUGAUAUCGAGUCGAAGCUCGAGCAGAAGCAGCGCGAGUUUUACGACUCGCUUGGGGGCUACACUACCGUUGACGAGGACGACGAGGACGACGAUGGGCUGCACGAGCUGCUGUUCGUCAACAAAUGUACGAGCAACACCAGGCUUUCUGCCAAGCCGGCAAGUGCUGCUAAGACGAAGGCAGCUGAGUUGGUGCAAAUAAUGGGAAACGACGUCUCAAAGUUAUGCGGGACGCUGAAACAGCAAGAGGCAGACGGUGCUAGCGCUAGCAUGUACACGGCACAUCUUCCGCCGUCUACAUUGACACCCGGACAUGAUGCACUAUCAAGCUUGACAGAGCUGGUCGAGCGAGAUCCUGAAGACGAGGAUGCGGGUCUGUGUGGCAGCGCAGGAUUCGAUGGCAACUAUGCUGUUGAUGUAAAGGAAGGGUCGCACGGCCCAUGUAUUGCCAGUCGCGGGUUACACGGACUGUGUAUUCCGCCUGCAUAUAGCUCAUUGCUGGCCGUGGAUCACUGUGGCUGCGAAGCCUCAAUAGCAGUUGCUGAACAUGGCGAUGAAUCCAGUCGUAGCGGGGUUGGGUAUGACGCGAAGGUGGGACGUGAUGAGGAAGUUGCGGACAAGAACCUCGAUGAGGCAAAACAAGACGAGAAGAGGCUGAUAGGAGAGUCCGUAAUGCUAAAGCAACUCCAGAUCAAAGUGCUACCGAGUACAUGCGACUUGUUGGAUGGAGCGAUUACGGAGGCUGCUGAGCCGCAGGGCAUAUAUUUUACAAAGUCGCUCGCCGAACCUGAGUGUGCAAACAAACUGAGUGGUCCAAAGGAAGCGAACAUGGAGAUGCGUGGGGCAUAUACCGCUGUGGAUACGGUGGAUAGUGGACCUCAGAUUGGUGUGUCCGAGAAGCCGCUGCACCUUACACAUCCAGAUAUUAUUGGGAAGCAGGCGCAAGUUUCUGAUCCGCCUCCACAUUCGACAGUGCAGUCAUGUCCUGUAGGAAUCUAUUCCCCCGGCACGAUAGACGAGUACGCUAGCUCCAUCUACAAGAACCUUCGAGAUCGAGAGCACCGGUACCAUGUCACUGAAGACGUAUUUGCCGAGCAACGAAGCGUCCAGCCGCAAAUGCGUGCUGUACUUGUGGACUGGCUGGUUGAAGUACACCAGCGUUUUGAGCUCGAGCCGCAAACGUUGUACUUAACUGUCAAUUACGUCGACCGCUACCUCGCGCAAGUACCAGUGGACAUACAACGUUUUCAACUUGUCGGCGUGACGGCGUUGCUCAUUGCAUCCAAAUUUGAGGAGAUUUAUCCGUGCGAUAUCGAUGAUCUGCUGUAUAUUUGCGAGCGGUCGUACUCCAAGGCAGACCUCGUCGAAUGCGAAAGAGAUCUUCUCAACGCGUUUGCGUUUAAUUUGGCUGUACCGACCGUCAACAGCUUCCUCGGAUAUUUCCUGGAGAAUUGCGAAGAGGACGAGCUCACCAAGCAGUUGGCAAACUUCUUCGCCGAGUGUUCACUGCUUGACUUUGUCUUCGGAGCCAAGUUCGAGCCUUCACUCAUUGCGUGUGCGUGCUUGCUGGCAGCAUCUUGCUAUGUCGAGAACCAGGGGCCAAGUCUCGUUUGGACAUACCGUCUUGUGGAGCUUACGGGUUACGCAAUGGAGACAAUUAUUCCUUGCAUGGAAAAGCUGCAGUCCAUUUUGGCAAAACCGACCAAGCUGACCGCCGUUGCGACCAAAUACAGUGACAACAACUUCAGUGAGGUUGCCUGUUUGCCGCUGGAUGGUCUAAAAGUACUGCUAUGCUGA